AUGUAUUUGCUUUUUGUAUUUUUUGUUUUCUGCAUGAGAGUGGAUGGGAUUCCAAAGGAUUCGAGCGGCAGUGAAGACGUCACAGGCCUCGUGACGUCACUGAGGAAUGAUGCAAACUUAGACCUGUCUGAGGAUGAGGAAUAUGAGGAUCUACGUGCCGAGUUCCUGGCUUACCACUCCGCUCUAUCAUCGCUUGCUUCGUCACGACGAUCCCUAAUCAGCACACCGUGUUGGUCACAAGGAGGAAUUUGUAUCAAUUACAAGCUCUGUCCCCGGCAUCUACAUCUUACAGAAAUACCUGGCUGUAAGAACAGGCUGAAUGUUUGCUGUUUUGUAUGGAAUCAGUAUGAAGUUCGAGAUAUGAGAGAUAAGGGGAUCCAUAACAUAGCAUUCCCCUGGAGCCCUAAACAUGAUUAUGGAGGUGAAGGAAUCAUUACUGUAACCAAGAAGAAACUUAAAAAGAAGAGAAAACCCACCACUGAAACAGCAAUUGUUUUUACUUUAUAA